AUGCCCGGGACGCUUUUAGACAGAAGGCCCCAGGAAGGGCUCCAGCCAAAGAUGGACAAGGCCGCGCCUGCUCGGCCUGAUUUCUACUUGAUUGGAAAUGAGGAUACUGUCUAUGAACAAGACAUUCUGCGCGACCCGCACAGUAUCAAACCAUGGCUGUCUUACAUUGAAUUCAAGCAACAGCAGGGCAAUCCCUAUGAACAAGCCUUUGUUAUGGAACGUGCCUGCAAACAACUACCCAGGUCAUAUAAGUUGUGGAAAAUGUAUCUCGAAUUCCGUGUGAAGCACCUCAGGGGCCGCAACCCAUCGAUCCAUCGUGCAGAAUAUCUCAAAGUCAAUGGCCUAUUCGAACGCGCCGUGAUCCUGCUCAACAAAAUGCCUCGAAUCUGGGAGAUGUUCCUCACAUUUCUACUUCAGCAACCAAUAAUAACGCAGACGCGCCGUACUUUUGAUCGGGCUCUUCGCGCGCUACCAGUCACUCAGCAUAAUCGGAUCUGGAAACUUUACAAGGCCUUCGCAUACUCAGCGUCCGGAGACACUGCCGUAAAAAUAUGGCGUAGGUACAUGCAAGUUCAUCCCGAGAACGCCGAAGAGUAUAUCGAUGUUUUGGUUGAGAUGGGCAAAUACACAGAGGCUGUGAAGAAAUAUAUGGAGAUUCUGGACAAUCCUAGGUUUCAGUCAAAGAACGGCAAAAGCCAAUUUCAACUGUGGACUGAUAUGGUUGAAUUACUCGUCAACAAAGCUAAAGAUAUCGAAGCGGGUCCUGAGACUGGCAUCGAUGUCGAUUUGAUCAUUCGCAGUGGAAUUGAUAGAUUCGCUGACCAGAGAGGCAAGCUGUGGGCUGGUUUAGCUACCUACUGGAUUACCCGGGGCAAUUUCGAAAACGCGAGAGAUAUUUUCGAGGAAGGAAUUACAACUGUCAUGACUGUUCGAGAUUUCACCAUGGUAUUCGAUGCCUACGUGGAAUUUGAAGAAUCUAUCAUAGGACACCUGAUGGAGGAGGCUGCUUUACGAUCCGACAAGGGCAAAAUUGAUGAGGCCGCCGAUUUCGAUCUAGACCUUCGAAUGCUGAGAUUUGAACAACUCAUGGAUCGUCGGCCUUUCCUAGUUAACGACGUGCUUCUCAGACAGAACCCCAAUAAUGUGAUUGAGUGGGGGAAACGUGUUGCGCUGUGGGGCGAUAAUAAAGCCGAAAUUGUUCAAACCUACACCAAGGCCAUUGCAACUAUCCAUCCGAAGAAAGCCCAUGGAAAGUUCCACGAGCUCUGGGUUAACUAUGCCAAGUUUUAUGAACAGGGCGGAGAUUUGGAUACGGCUAGAGUCAUUAUGGACAAAGCUGUCAAGGUUCCUUUCAAGACGGUUGCCGAACUGGCUGAAACAUGGUGCGAGUGGGCCGAGAUGGAAUUGCGCAGCGAAAACUUCGAUAGAGCAGUUGACAUCAUGGCAAAAGCCACACAGGCUCCUAAGCGAUCCACCGUGGACUACUUCGACGAAACUCUUUCGCCUCAGCAGCGGAUCCACAAGAGCUGGAAGCUGUGGAGUUUCUACGUUGACCUCGUCGAAAGCGUUGGGACUCUCGAAGAAACGAAGAAAGUGUACGAACGCAUUUUCGAGCUGAGAAUUGCAACACCGCAAACGGUCGUUAAUUAUGCGAACCUUUUGGAAGAAAAUAAAUACUUCGAGGAAUCUUUCAAGAUUUAUGAGAGGGGCCUUGACCUCUUCAGUUACCCAGUCGCUUUCGAAUUGUGGAACCUAUAUUUGACCAAGGCAGUGGAUCGCAAAAUCUCAAUCGAACGAUUACGAGACUUGUUCGAACAGGCUGUGGAUGGAUGCCCACCGCAGUUCGCCAAGCCUCUCUACUUGAUGUAUGGCAAUCUGGAAGAAGAAAGGGGGCUUGCUCGACACGCCAUGAGAAUAUAUGAACGCGCAACUCGUGCAGUCUCCGACUCCGACAGAUUUGAAAUGUUCAACUUCUACAUCACGAAGUCGGCCUCCAAUUUCGGGUUGACAUCAACGCGCCCUAUCUAUGAACGCGCCAUUGUAGCGUUGCCAGACAAUGAGGCAAAAGAAAUGUGUCUCAAAUUCGCUGAAAUGGAGCGUCGUCUGGGUGAGAUUGAUAGAGCUCGCGCCAUUUACGGCCAUGCGUCACAAUUCUGUGAUCCACGUACGAAUGCCGGGUUCUGGCAGAAAUGGGAAGCUUUCGAAGUUCAGCAUGGCAACGAAGAUACAUUUAAGGAAAUGCUGCGCAUCAAACGCAGUGUUCAGGCUCAGUACAAUACCGAUGUCAACUUCAUUGCGUCACAGGCCAUUGCUCGUAGCAAGCAGCUUUCCAAGGAAGCUGCCGGGGCUGAGGAGGAAGAGGAGGGAAAAGACCGUGCCGAUGCGAUGGCAGCUUUGGAAAGACAAGCCCGAGCCCCUAUGGGUUUCGUCCCCGCAAGCACUGGCCCAGAAGGAGGAAACAUGCCAUUGCCUGCUAAUGGUGACAAACAACAGGCACAACAGCAACAAGUCUCUCCUGCAAAUCCCGAUGCGAUUGAUCUUGAUGAAGACAUGAAUGGGGAAGACUAA